AUGAAUUCAGAAAGAGACUCAGAAACAACAUUCGAGGAGGAUUCUCAGCCUAAUGAUGAAGUGGUUCCCUAUAGCGAUGACGAAACAGAAUAUGAACUUGAUGACCAGGGCCCUGCCGUUGAACCAGAACAGAAUCGAGUCAACAGGGAAGCAGAGGAGAACCAGGACCCAUUCAGAAAAGAGUGUACAUGGCAAGUCAAAGCAAAUGACCGAAAGUACCACGAACAACCUCAUUUUAUGAGCACAAAGUUCUUUUGCAUUAAGGAGAGUAAAUAUGCGAGUAAUGCAAUUAAAACAUACAAGUACAACGCUUUUACCUUUCUACCAAUGAAUUUGUUUGAGCAGUUUAAGAGAGCAGCCAACUUCUAUUUCCUGAUCCUUCUUAUCUUACAGGCGAUUCCCCAAAUCUCCACCUUGGCAUGGUAUACCACGCUUGUGCCCCUGCUUCUGGUGCUGGGCAUCACUGCAAUCAAAGACCUGGUGGACGAUGUGGCUCGCCAUAAAAUGGAUAAGGAAAUCAACAACAGGACCUGUGAAGUCAUCAAGGAUGGCAGGUUCAAAGUUGCCAAGUGGAAAGAAAUUCAAGUUGGAGAUGUCAUUCGUCUGAAAAAAAACGAUUUUAUUCCAGCUGACAUCCUGCUGCUGUCCAGCUCUGAGCCUAACAGCCUCUGCUAUGUGGAAACAGCAGAGCUGGAUGGAGAAACCAACUUGAAGUUCAAAAUGGCCCUUGAAAUCACAGACCAGUAUCUCCAAAGAGAAGACACAUUGGCAACAUUUGAUGGUUUUAUUGAAUGUGAAGAACCCAAUAACCGACUAGAUAAGUUUACAGGAACACUAUUUUGGAGGAAAACAAGUUUUCCUUUAGACGCUGAUAAAAUUUUGUUACGUGGCUGUGUAAUUAGGAACACUGAUGUCUGCCAUGGACUGGUCAUUUUUGCAGGUGCUGACACGAAAAUAAUGAAGAAUAGUGGAAAAACCAGAUUUAAAAGAACUAAAAUUGAUUACUUGAUGAACUACAUGGUUUACACGAUCUUUGUUGUCCUGAUUCUGCUAUCUGCUGGUCUUGCCAUUGGCCAUGCUUAUUGGGAAGCUCAAGUUGGCAAUUAUUCUUGGUACCUCUAUGAUGGAGAAGACGCUACACCCUCCUACCGUGGAUUCCUCAAUUUCUGGGGCUACAUCAUCGUCCUUAACACCAUGGUGCCCAUCUCUCUCUAUGUCAGCGUGGAAGUAAUUCGUCUUGGACAGAGUCACUUCAUCAACUGGGACCUGCAGAUGUACUAUUCUGAGAAGGACACACCAGCAAAGGCUAGAACCACUACGCUGAAUGAGCAGCUUGGGCAGAUUCAUUACAUCUUCUCUGAUAAGACGGGAACACUGACACAAAAUAUCAUGACCUUUAAAAAGUGUUGCAUCAAUGGGCAGAUUUAUGGAGACCAUCGGGAUGCAUCUCAACACAACCAUAGCAAAAUAGAGCAAGUUGAUUUUAGCUGGAAUGGACUUGCUGACGGGAAGCUUGCAUUUUAUGACCAUUUUCUCAUUGAGCAAAUCCAGUCAGGGAAGGAACCGGAAAUACGGCAGUUCUUCUUCUUGCUUGCAGUUUGCCACACGGUCAUGGUGGAUAGAACUGAUGGUCAGCUCAAUUACCAGGCGGCCUCUCCCGACGAAGGCGCCCUGGUCAAUGCCGCCAGGAACUUUGGCUUUGCCUUCCUCGCCAGGACCCAGAACACCAUCACCGUCAGUGAGUUGGGCACGGAAAGAACUUACAACGUUCUUGCCAUCUUGGACUUCAACAGUGACCGGAAGCGGAUGUCUAUCAUUGUAAGGACCCCAGAAGGUAAUAUCAGGCUCUACUGUAAAGGUGCUGACACUGUCAUUUAUGAACGGUUACAUCGAAUGAAUCCUACAAAGCAGGAAACACAGGAUGCCCUGGAUAUCUUUGCAAAUGAAACUCUUAGAACCCUGUGCCUUUGCUACAAGGAAAUUGAAGAGAAAGAAUUCACAGAAUGGAAUAAAAAGUUUAUGGCUGCCAGUGUGGCCUCAAGUAACCGAGACGAAGCUCUGGACAAGGUGUAUGAGGAGAUUGAAAAAGACUUAAUUCUAUUGGGAGCUACAGCUAUUGAAGACAAGCUGCAGGAUGGAGUACCAGAAACCAUUUCAAAACUUGCAAAAGCUGACAUUAAGAUCUGGGUGCUUACUGGAGACAAAAAGGAAACUGCUGAAAAUAUAGGAUUUGCUUGUGAACUUCUGACUGAGGACACCACUAUUUGCUAUGGGGAAGAUAUCAAUUCUCUCCUUCACACACGGAUGGAAAACCAGAGGAACAGAGGUGGCGUCUAUGCAAAGUUUGCACCCCCUGUGCAAGAACCUUUCUUUUCAUCUGGCGGAAACCGUGCCCUGAUCAUCACAGGCUCUUGGUUGAAUGAAAUUCUUCUAGAGAAAAAGACCAAGAGAAGUAAGAUCCUGAAGCUCAAGUUCCCCCGGACGGAAGAAGAAAGACGAAUGCGGACCCAAAGUAAAAGAAGGCUGGAAGCCAAGAAAGAGCAGCGACAGAAGAACUUCGUGGACCUGGCCUGCGAGUGCAGCGCCGUCAUCUGCUGCCGCGUCACCCCCAAGCAGAAGGCCAUGGUGGUGGACCUGGUGAAGAGGUACAAGAAAGCCAUCACCCUGGCCAUCGGAGAUGGGGCCAAUGACGUGAACAUGAUCAAAACUGCCCACAUUGGUGUCGGAAUAAGUGGACAAGAAGGAAUGCAAGCCGUCAUGUCAAGCGACUACUCUUUUGCUCAGUUCAGAUAUCUGCAGAGACUGCUGCUGGUGCAUGGCCGGUGGUCUUACAUACGGAUGUGCAAGUUCCUGCGUUACUUCUUUUACAAAAAUUUCGCUUUCACUUUGGUUCAUUUCUGGUACUCCUUCUUCAAUGGCUACUCUGCACAGACUGCAUAUGAGGACUGGUUCAUCACACUCUACAAUGUGCUGUACUCCAGCCUGCCUGUGCUCCUCAUGGGACUGCUUGACCAGGACGUGAGUGACAAACUCAGCCUCCGAUUCCCUGGGUUGUAUGUGGUGGGACAAAAGGACUUACUAUUCAACUAUAAGAGAUUCUUCGUGAGCUUGCUGCACGGGGUCCUCACGUCCAUGACCCUUUUCUUCAUCCCUCUCGGAGCUUACCUGCAAACCGUGGGGCAGGACGGAGAGGCGCCUUCCGACUACCAGUCUUUUGCCGUCACCAUCGCCUCUGCUCUUGUAAUCACGGUCAACUUCCAGAUUGGCUUGGAUACUUCUUACUGGACUUUUGUGAAUGCUUUUUCAAUUUUUGGAAGCAUUGCACUUUAUUUUGGCAUCAUGUUUGACUUUCAUAGUGCUGGAAUACAUGUUCUCUUUCCAUCUGCAUUUCAAUUUACAGGCACGGCCUCCAAUGCUCUGCGACAGCCGUACAUCUGGUUGACCAUCAUUCUGACCGUGGCAGUGUGCUUGCUGCCCGUCGUUGCCAUCCGGUUCUUGUCGAUGACGAUUUGGCCAUCAGAAAGUGAUAAGGUAUGUAGAAAUGCAGUCCCUCCCCUAGGCCUGAAUGUCCCUCGCUGAAAUUAAAGCAUGUCCCAACAGUGCCUGUCCUGCAAAAUCAGCUCACGGGAAGUCUGGUAAAGAGCAUUUUGUGUAUCUGCGUCACUUUCUUGAACGCCAUCUGACAGCUCCAUCUUCUGGGAUCGGAAGUUUCGUUUUCUUGCUUUUUCAACACCAAAAUAUCAAACCUAAGUAGAAAGUGAGACUAGGAUAAUGGUCCGACAUAGAUCCAUCCCCCAGUUGAGCAAUCACCAUGU